AUGUCCUCAUCCAUGUUAUUUUUUGGCUCUGGGUUAACCCUUCAUCCAUUCUUGUCCUCAGAGAGUCGAUGCGGGGUUGCAGUGUUGGAGGACUCUGCAGGGACAGAAGAUAGGUGGACAUAUGACCAGUCUCAGGACUCCUGUAGAAAGAUCCUCCUGAAAGACUCUAGAGAUGGUAGCAACAUCUUCAGGACGGAGAAGGAAUGCCUGAGCAUCUGCUCCGAGGCCUACACCAGAGAGGCGGCCUGUGAUCUGCCCCAGGACCGGGGACCAUGCAUGGCUUUAUUCAUGAUGUGGUACUAUGACCAGGAGCGCGGCCUCUGUGACACCUUCUUCUAUGGCGGGUGUCAGGGCAAUGGGAACAGGUUUGAGAACAGGAUGGAAUGUAUCAACACCUGUGUGGUCCCAAAGAAAGGGAGAUCAGGUUACUCGGACGUGUCCCAGGACUCGGAGCCCUCGGGUUCAGGAACAGAUGCAGGGCUUGUCGUUGGAGUUAUAUUUGGCGUUAUCUUUGGCGUUGCUUUCCUGGUGACACUUGGGAUGUACUUGGUCCAGAGGAAGAAACUAAAGAAGCAGAAGCACAAGCGCGUGCCGGACACAGAAAUGAAAUAACAUGUAAAUGUUUUAUAUAAGAAAUUUCUACAAUAAAGUGAAAACAGAGG